AUGGACUCCGCCGGCUUCUUCAAAGGGGAUACAAUGAUGGAAGUCUUCACAGUUCUAGCCAAUUCUGGAACCGACGUCAAGAAAGUCCGGGACGCAGUGAUAUUAUACAUUGCACGGAAAAAGCAGAAGGGCCGGUCUGAACAACAUAUUCAAGAUAAAUUACUGCAACUCGAGGACAAGAUAUUCCAGUUCAAGCAUAUCGAAAUGUGGCAUCCAGCAUUCCAAGAUGCGCGAGCAUUAUACCAGCUUCCCAAGUCAAAACACAUUCCACCUCCUAAGUCCGUUAUCCGUAAACAACAUGAAAACGAGCUGCUUCAUGUAAUAGACAUUGGACUGGUCCCCUCCCCUCUCAAGUUACCUGCGUCACCGUCGUGUAGCUCGCCAACCCCUAGCAGCUGGGAUGGACCACCGCUGGGAUUACAGGACCUACCAUACGUGCUACCUGCCUUCUCUUGGGAAGACGAGAGUCUGGAAUCUCGUGUGCAUAUUGCUCCAUCGUCCCCUAGGCAAAUAAUUUCGUCCGACGCGCUUUCAUUGCUCUCCCAAUAUGGUGACUCCGAAGGAGACGACGAGAUCACAAUGUUCCUAUCCAACCUUGAGCAGAGCUAG